AUGACCGAGGUUGCCGACGGUGUAAACGAUGAAGGUUUUGGUGAUCUUAACACCGAAGAAUGUUUUAAUUAUGAUAUCGACUUGAUAAAGGAGGAGAGUACAUUCAUUCACCUACAUUCUAGGCCGAGAGCUACAAUAAGUAAGAAGGGAACGGAGGACGAUCACUCCGAUAAUGAAAUUGAUUCUGCAAUCCACUCCCCACGUACGUGGCGGGUGCCACCAGUUCCAGAGAUGAAGAACAAUAACGUGCGAAGCAGCACUAAAAGUUUUGUGGUCAGCCAAAGAGCAAUAACACUCAAAACUUUGCACAAAGUUGAGCUGUUACGAUAUCGUGCAUGGUUUGUUUCUGGUCUUGAUUUAUUCGAGAUUGUUCAUGGUCACUGGAUAACUUACUGGGCUUGCGCGUGA